AUGUCUCCUGAUGAGCUGGUGUAUUUGGGAAUUCUUGCUGCCUCCAUUCCCGUUGGAUUCCUCUUCCGUUACCUCAGUCCUCCUGUGAAGCAGGGGGCAGCUCUUCUUCUGGGCCUCUCUAUCACCAUCACUACCUGUCACAUUCACACACUCCACUCUCUGGUGACGGUGAUUGGAACAUGGAUUAUUAUAAAGAGCAGCUGGCGGCAUGCCCCAGCACUGAGCCUCAGCUGGACCUUUCUCUACCUCCUCUUCUUCCGGAUGGUCACUUGGUUCGGGCUGCCACCACCGACGCCUUUUGCCAAUGCUGUCCAGCUACUUCUCACUCUCAAGAUGGUGAGUCUAGCCAAUGAGGUGCAAAGCUUCCACAUAGAGAAGAAAAAGGAAGUGAGCUCUUUUGCCAAGUCUCCUGUCAUUGGGGGUCUGUCGCAGGAGCCCUCUCUCUACGACAUUCUGUCCUAUAGCUACUGUUAUGUCGGUAUAAUGACCGGUCCGUUCUUCCGCUUCCAAACGUACUUUGACUGGUUGAGGCAGCCGAGCCCUCAGGCCCUGCCUGCAUGGGAGCCAUGCCUGCAGCGUCUGAAGCUGGUUCCCCUCUAUGGCGCUCUGUUCCUGGGCGUCAACUCCGUCUUUCCACUGGCUUACGUUCGCACAGAGGAGUUCCUGGAUGAAAACUUUUUCUUUCGGUUGUUCUACAUGAUAGCAGUAUUCUUCGUGUUCAGGAUGCGUUUCUAUGCAGCGUGGUGUGGAGCUGAGGCGGGUUGUAUCAGUGCCGGUCUGGGCUGCUAUCCAGAAAAGGCGCAGUCCAAACCCGGAGGAGGACCCACUGUCACCUACAGUCCCGACCCCACCGCUGAUGAGAAAUAUGACUUCAAAACCAUCCAGAACAUUGAUUGCUACAAUACCGACUUCUGUGUGAAGGUCCGUCAUGGCAUGCGUUACUGGAACAUGACGGUGCAGUGGUGGCUGCAUAACUACAUCUACCCCAAUUCCCCCUUCAAAGCCUACACUCUCAGGGCUGGCUGGACCAUGUUCAUCAGCGCCUACUGGCACGGACUACACGCCGGCUACUACCUCUCCUUCCUCACCAUCCCACUGUGCAUCGCAGCCGAGUCCGCCAUGGAGGCCUCCAUCCGAGCUAAACUGGGUCCCCGUGGACAGAACAUCUUCGACUGGGUUCACUGGUUCUUGAAGAUGAGGGCCUACGACUACAUGUGCAUGGGCUUCGUGCUGCUGAAGGCCUCUGACACCAUCCACUACUGGACAUCCAUCUACUUUAUCAUGCACAUCAUCGCCGUUUGCUGCAUAGUAGUCGGCAGGGCCCUGAAGGGAGGGAAAAGGGAAGGUAGGAGAGGGGACAAAGAGGAGAAAAGAGAGGGAGAGAGAGUAGAAAAUGUGAAAGAGAAAACCGGAGAAAAAACAGACUGAAUUGGAGGUACAGAAAAGAACUGGUUGGAUACUUUUUUGAAACAUGAGGGGGAGUUACUUCAAGAACAGAACUUUCAGAUUAAUCGCACCAACUCUCUCUCUCUCUUUCCCUCUUUCUAGCAACAAACAGGUCCAAUUAGAUUUCUUUUUGGGGGAAAUGUGAAAGUACAACCAGAUUUUUAUCCAAAAUGCAGUAAAUCAGAUGAAAGUGUGACAUGUAAAAUACAGUUUAAAAAGGUUACCACUGGAGACGUUGCUGUGUGUACUGUGAACACUGGGAGAGGCAUAUUUAAGCUCAAUGAAUGUUACUUUUAUAGUGUGAGUGGCAACUGGGGUGUAAAUAGGUAAUUCACUUCCCUCAUCUGUGCGUCUGUAUAACGUGUGCUUUUAAUUUCAAGACACCAUGCCCAGUUUAAGUGAACUGCAUUUACUGGUCGGAAUGAGGUUGUUGAAAUGUCAACGUCCUUCUUUCUGUAGGGCGAGUCAAACAAUAACCCCUCCUAAACUUUUAAAUAAUUAAAAGAGAAGCAAAUUGAAUGUGAUUAAAUUGGCACAGUUUCCAUAAGCAACAAUACAUUCCAGCAGUAUUAUGUUACUGUACAGUUCGAUUCAACUGGAGUACAGAAUGAAAAGAUUGUGAUGGAAAAAACAUUAUGAUGGUAUCGUCAUUAGGGCUCAGCUGUCACAUGUGUGAUGAUUCCAGUCAGAUUUCUGUGUGUGUGUGAGAGCAUUAUCAAAGUUUUCCAGUUUAUUAAUUUUACAGAACUAAUUUACAUUGCUGCCAUUUGGCAUCGUAAAACUGCACCUUGACUGUUUUUGACCACAUUAAACAGUAGGUAGAAAUAUGUUUUUGUGAUAGUGUAAAAGCAGAAUUUGUUAUUUGUAUAACAUAAUUUCACUUUAAGCAGAAGUACAAGCAUCACGGUGCAUGUUAAAAUUCAAACUGGUUUACGUUUAUUUUAUUCUUCAGUGUUUUUAGGAUUAGUUUUAAGUAACCUCACGCAUUUUCAGCAUUAUAACUUUUCCCAUUUUAUGUGCUCAACAUUUUUGUGUUUACUUCCCUGAUCCAGUGAAUCACUGUUGUUCUGCCUGCCUGUAAGCAAUUCAGAUCAUAUCCAGAAUAUUAUGCACUUACAUCUCUAAAGCAGUGUUGCAUUCAGUGAAGAUUGCGCCAUGUGAAAGAUUUCACUGCCAACAUGUCUGUACUGCCAUUAUGGACCAUUCAGGGUUGGGACCAAACAUUUGAUACAAAAGGUUUCACAUUGUAACUACAAGCUGCCAACAUACAGCGUGAAUAACUGCACAGCUAGGGCUGGGAGAUAGGGUUGAAAUCAUGCAUGCAAAAGUGAUGCAUGCAACAUCAUUUACACAAUAAUUAAAGUGAUGUUUAAUAAACUCUAGUACAUGUGACUAAACUUGUAAUAUGUGUAAACCAAAAGCUUAAAUAACAAAUUUAGUUUUUAAACAUUUAUAUUGUCAGCAGAUAUUUCUGGGAUGAUCUCAUUAUGUGAUAAUAUCUGUAUAGUUAAUAAAUGAUAAUAUUGAAUUAUCACCCAGCCCUAACCUCAGUACACUGUGUAUUAGUUGAAAAACAGAGAGUUCCUUCACUCAUUCCUGUCUCAAACUGUGUGAUAACUGUACUAAAUCUGUUUUAUAUGAGCAUGACUGACAGCAGAAUUGAAAGCUCUUAUCUCCUAAUGGGUUUUGUUCUCCAAAUGUUACUUGGAACCGAGAUAAUUUGAGUUACAAAUUGAUUUUGUGUUAUGCUUUUACCUUUUACCCUCUCUGUGCCAAACUUCAACCCUUGUUAUAAAAUGGGUCCCUUUGUUUUUAUUAUUGCACAGUGAAGAUUGUGAUGGUUUUAGACCUUCUGUUGACUGCUCGUCUCCAGACUAUUUAUUUUUCAGCCUUCUGUCCGUUUGGGGUUGUCCUUGGCUUCACAUGCUGUACCGACUGUAACACUCCAUGCUUUGUAAAAGUGUUACUUACUGGAAUACAUAUCAACAUUUCCUCACCUCA